AUGGCGGAUGAACGUGCAGAAUUUUAUAAAAACAAAAUUGAGAAUGUUUUGGCAGACCGCUCCAAAAUCAACGAUAUUGUAGACGUAAUAACAGGAGUGGAAAACAAGAAUGAAUCCAUUUCUUUGUUAUGUAUCGAAGGUAUUGGUAGAAUUUUGUCUGAAUUAAUCCAAUCAAAUAUUUGUCCAGUGAAGACAAAAAAGACAAAAUUUGCCAAAUCAGCAGAAAAACCUGAAGAAAUUGUUGAAGUCUGGUUGACUAGUAAUUAUGACUUAACAGUCAAGAAGCUCUUAAUGCUGUUAAAGAGUCCUUUUGUAAAGAUUUCUUUAGAAGCGUUGAAAGCAUUAAUGAAGUUUGUGAAAGCAGAAAGCACAAAGAAUCCACAAAAGUAUUGGUUUUCCAAUGAUCUAUUUCUGAAAAUUUUGAUCAAUUUGAUUGAUGGCAGUUACGAUAAUAGCAUGACAGUGAAAAACUUUAUUUCGUAUUUGCAUUUUAAUGAUGUGUGUUACUACACUUUACGAAAUAUUAACAAAGUGAUCACACGGACAGAAAAAGGUCUGAUGAUGAACAAUCAUGUAAUAACUGGUGGCAAUUUUCCAAGAAAUAUUUACCAACUUUUGUCUGUGGUUACCAUUCCUGAGGAAGAAACAGAUCUUUCUAACUUGUAUGUGGUUUCAAUGGAGAAUGUUAGGGUAAAUCAUUCCGUGUUUAGACACAGUGUAAUGAACUUAAGUGCAUACAAGAAAGUAUUUACUGAAGCUUGGAUGGCAUUCCUUGGACUUUCUCUUGAUAGCAGUUUGUAUCGUCAUAUCUUACUGGAUCUUGAACAUAAAGUUAUUCCUUAUUUUGUUGAUCCAAAAAUUUUAAUGGAUUUUUUGGUUGAUUCUUAUAAUGCGGGCGGUGUCACAAGCAUUCUUGCUCUUAAUGGUUUGUUUGUACUCAUUCACAAACAUAAUUUAGAUUAUCCUGAUUUCUACAAAAAGCUCUACAGCCUCUUUGAUGUGGAAGUCUUUCAUAUGAAAUACCGUGCCCGCUUUUUUUAUCUUGCUGAUCUGUUUUUAAUGUCAAGUCAUCUACCUGCGUAUCUUGUUGCUGCAUUCAUUAAACGAUUGUCAAGACUUGCACUAAGAGCACCUCCUUAUGCCAUUGCUAUGGUCAUUGUGUUUAUUGGCAAUCUUAUUCGAAGACAUCCUAACUGUAAAGUUUUGAUUCACCAAAAGGAAAAACAGGCUUUUGAUGAACAAAAUAAGGAUGAGAGGUGCAUAAAUUUGGAUCCAUUUCAAGAGGACGAAGUUGAUCCAAGUAAAUGCAAUGCUUUGAAAAGUUCUCUGUGGGAAUUGGAAACAUUAAGGCAUCACUAUUAUCCUGGGAUUAAAAGUUUGGUUGAAUUUCUUGAAAAACCAAUUGGAAAAACUGAGGCAGAUGUUUCCAAAUGGUUUGAUUCUUCUUAUGAAAGCUUGCUGAACAAAGAGUUUUCAGGAAUCAACAAGAAUAAUGUCUUUCUUGAAUAUCAACCUCCUAAAGAAUUAAUGCAGAAGGGCUUUGAUGAUUUGUGGUGUGUUGGAAACUAACUUCUUAAGGUUGCUGUCACCUUUAUUUUGAAGAGUUUAAAACAACAGAUGUUGAACUACAAUAUACAUCUUUUUGUUAACAUUUUAAUGUCGUUGUGCUAGGUUAACAUUGCUUGUCAGCUAUGAUUUCAGAUUAUAAAGAAGAUACCUCCUGAUCGUAGCAACCAUCUUUGGUUUUUUUGAACUGUCCUUUAAUGAAGCCCACUAAGAAUAUGUGUAAACACAAUCCAUAAUUGUUACCUGUUUUAGUUGUAACUUGAAAUAAUUCGUGACGAUUUAAGACAUUGGAAAUCCAUGUAGUCUAUUUGUACCUAGUCAACUUAAAGAAGCUAUUCUUAAAUAAAACAUAUAGCAUUGA